CAAACCUAAUUCUGUAAAAGGUUUGUAACUAAAUAUAAAAAGGUGAACGGCUUUUGCAAAUAUCUCAGUCUAAAUAGAAGAUUGUUUUUGUGAAUAUCUCAAGUAGUUCAGAAAUAAUGGAGACUUUUUGCAAAGAAGAACAUAUUCCCAGAGCAAGAUGCAAUACGUGGCCGAUACAACAACCUUCAAACUACACCGAUGUAGUCCAGAAGCCGAAGAAAGAUAUGCAGAAAUAUGGAUGCCGGAACAAUCCAUGGGGAAACCGAAGCUACGCCGAGUUAAUAACUGAGGCAAUAUGUUCAUCACCCGAACGUCGGUUGACUCUGGCGCAGAUCUACGAAUGGAUCAUCUAUAAUGUGCCUUAUUUUAGCCAAAAGACAGACAGUAAGUUUUCGGCUGGUUGGAAGAAUUCGGUAAGACACAAUUUAUCAUUGCACAACCGUUUCAUGAAAAUGCAGAACGAAGUGCAAGGGAAGCCUUCCUGGUGGAUUAUUAAUCCGUCGGAGCCAAAUGGGAAAGACCAGAAGACGUACAGCUUCUGUCACUAA